AGCGCAAGCUGUCAAAACAAAAUGUCAAAUUAUUUCAAAAUCGUGCAAUUUUAACCGCUGAAACUAUUGUUAUUAUUUAAUUGUUUACGGCUUUGUUUAAGAAUUAUAAGUAUAGUUGAUUGUAAAAAUAAAUAAUUUGAUAGUGGGUGUGUGAUAUAGAAGAACGGUCUAAUUGCAUUCGAUGAAUCGGACAACAUAACCUACGAUGAGCGCCGGUAUGGAAACAAAGAGUGAAAUAUUCUCUCAAAGACUUAUCACGGCUGUGCUAUGGAACAUAGGACUGCAGACAUUCCUGGCUGUGGCUCUGGUCUUCAUGAUACAAGUGAAUCUACUGUAUCCGGUCACAUGGAUAACAUCAACAUUUCAAGAUAUCUUCGGUUGGAAAAUGUUGCUCAACAUAGUCCUCCUUGGGCUGGUUUCCUUUUUCCAAGCUUUUAUUUACGGUAGCUAUCAUACGGUGCCGCUACCAAAAUAUUUCACGAGAUUUUCCAUGUUCCUGAACAUGUUUACAUUGCAGAACAUGACAUUCAGUGUGCUGUAUGCCCUCAGUGGCUACUUCACCAUGGGUUUGUACUCAUCACUGGCUAAGAGCAACUACAAUGUGUUGAGGAAAAAUUGUGACAACUAUGAUGGACAGUGCCUCAUUGAAGCGAGCUUGUUCCUGCAGUUUGGAGGCAUGUGGAUGGGGUUGUACUACUUUCUAAACAUCCACAUAUUUGGAACCACAACGCUCAUGUUCCCACAUGUGUACCAAGACAAAUUCCAGCAGAUAAAAUUGGCUAUUGGGCAUAUUGUUUCAACUGGAUUCAAGAACUCAUUUGUCCCCGUCCUAUACUACUGUUGUUUCUACUACCUGUGGGGCAGCAAGCCUAGGAGUGUCAUUUGCGAUGUCUACAGUUUGUACCUUGAAGACCCUGCAUUGGAUAAUAUUUAUAACAUUGUCAGCUCCGGAAUAUGGAUUGGACUUUGGUUUUACACAAGUUUGUUCUUUAUAUCUGUCUACACUAUGAAAACUGUGUUCAAUAUUGUACUUACUGAGCCUAUGAAGUUCCCUAUUGUAUCUGAUACCUGCCUUACUCUGCACGGAGCUCUUGGCCAGAGAUCACAAUUCAAUGCUUACUUAGCAGCUCAAGAUCUUAGAAUACUAUCCAUGACGGAUCCUGUGCGGAGAUCUCUAAUAUUCACCCUGUCUCAGCCAGGGGGACACCCAAGAAACUGGAACCACAUAUUGGAAAAGUGUCUGGUCAUCAUAAAUGGAUUCAACAAAGAAUUGGAAGACAUCAAUGAAAUAAAACCUAUUGACACUGACUGCUCACAGAAGAUGAAGAUGAAUGCAUCACCUUCCAAUGGUUACUCUUACAAAAACAACCUGAGAAACAUGGCUAAUUCACCCCAGCUGUUUGAACUAAAAGAUCAUUGCAAGAACAAUGUUGAACCAACAUUGAUGGAAGCAGCCAAGGCUGAAUUCAAGAAUUAUAUUAACAGACUCUGUCAGAAACCAGGUAUCAGUUAUUUCUUUGGAGAGCUGACAGACACCAAGCUGAAAUAUUUGCUUCUUCAGGCACAGCCGGUCAUGUGGACCUGUGAAGGUUUGGCUUCCAUUGUGGCGUCAUCACUGAAGGAAGACAAAUAUGGCGUUGUGCAGAAUGACUUGUCAACAGUGAUUUCUGCACUUAUUGAUCUCAAGCAUAAUUUAGAUAAGUUGACCAAACUUGGACUGGUUCCAAGAAAGAAUAUUCUGAAUGAUUUCUUUGCUAUAAAAAUGAAGUCUGCUCUGCUGUCAUCAGUCAAGAGGAGCAUCUACAAAAUUGUGAUUACAUUCUCUAAGUACAUUCAUGAGAUACCUUUAGAGCCUGAUGUCCAAAUGGCUAUACAACCAUUUUUACUUUGUAAGGAAGCCUGAACUGUUUUUCUUAGUCAUAGUAAUUAAUUUAUUAAAUAAGUUUGUAAUUUUAGUAA